AUGCCGGCAAACGACACAGGUACUGUCAUCACCACAGGGCGCCUGGCCAGUUGCCACGGCAGCAUAGUCACCGUGCUCGGUCGCCAUGGUGUGUAUGAACUGCUGGCAGCCCUCGCCUCCCAGAUUCAGUCCCAUGUGACCCGACAGGACUGCACCUUCCUACAGAGCAUGCUCAGAGACAGGAGCCUGCUGCCACUGCUCAAGAUUCACGAGAGGCUGAAGCAGUACCAACACCAGAGUCCUCCCCCAGUGCUGGUCUACACUGGAGCUCUGGCCUAUGAGCUGUCCCGGGACCUACAGAGCAAAGCUGACAGAGAAGAGGUCAAAGAGCUGUCUGAUCUGCUGGCCAAUCCCCACGUCAAGAGUCUGUUCUCCGUCCACGACGCUGUGGCACAGGAACGCUUCGGACCCACCCUGCCGCCGCUGCCCGAAGACCUGGGUGAGCAGCAGGACCCGGUGAAGAUCAUACAGCUGGUCAAGAGCACGGAGCCACUUGGCGCGACGGUCAAACGGGACCAGGGGACGGGAGCCAUCGUCGUGGCGCGCAUUUUGAGAGGAGGAGCCGCAGACCGAAGCGGUCUGAUCCACGAGGGAGACGAGCUGAGGGAGGUGAACGGGGUGCUGAUGGACGAUAAGAGGCCGGAGGACGUCGCUCCCGUUGUGGUGCAGUCUCGCGGGGCCGUGACGUUUAAAGUCGUCCCGGGCAUCAAAGAGGACUCGCCAGGCCUGGAGGAGGAGGAGGAGGAGGAGGAGGAGCUGUUUGUCCGGGCCCUGUUCGACUACGAGCCUCGGGGGGACGCGGCCAUCCCGUGCGAAGAGGCGGGGCUGGCCUUCGGCAGGGGGGCCGUCCUCCAGGUGGUGAGCUGGGCGGAGCCCGUCUGGUGGCAGGCCAGGCUCCACGGCAGCGCUAACCCCAGAGCUGGCCUGGUCCCCUCCAAGCAGCUCCAGGAGAGGAGAUUUUUGCUGCAGAGAGCCACAGAAUUUGUUCAGCAGAAAACAUCAAAGCAGAGAUCUGAAGGAGAAGGAGAAGCAGAUUAUGGAGCAAUAAGUGGGAUCCACAUAGCUGGCCUGCGGAGGAGCUUCCGCCUCAGCAGGAGGAACUGGAGGGCGGGGCUUUGCGAGUGUGGGAGGAGCAAGUGCUACGACCUGGCCGACGCCCCCACCUACGAGGAGGUGGUCCCCUACCGCAGGCAGCCCGAGGCCCCAUACAGACUGGUGCUCCUGGUCGGACCCAGGGGAGUUGGUGUCAGUGAAAUGAAAAGGAGACUGCUGAUCUCUGACCCCCAGCACUUCGGCGUAACCGUCCCGUACACCACCAGGGCCAAGAGAGGUGAGGAGAAGGAUGGGGUGGAGUAUAAGUUCGUCUCCAAACCGCAGUUCGAGGCCGACAUCAUCGAGAACAAGUUCAUCGAGCACGGGGAUUACAGGGGACAUUACUACGGGACAAGCCUGGAUUCGGUGCGCUCCAUCCUGCAGGGGAACAAGGUGUGCCUGCUGGACGUCCCGCCCCAUAGUAUCCAGCGCUUGCGGACGGCCGAGUUCAAGCCUUACGUGGUUUUCGUGAAGCCCCCUCCGAUGGAGGAGCUGCGACUGAGCCGGAGGAACGCGAAAGUCGCCCGCAGACGAGACGGAGAGGGUUCGGCCGAGCUGUUCACGGAGGAAGACUUCCAGGAAAUGAUUGACUCCGCCCAGGAGAUGGAGGACAGGUACGGACACCUGUUUGAGAAGACCAUCGUCAACGAGGACAUGGCCUUCGCCUUCAGAGAGCUGAGCUUGGCCUUGGAAAAGCUGGAGACAGAGAUUCAGUGGAUCCCUAAAUCCUGGGUGUCUUCCUAA